AUGCCAGACUUUUUCCAUCUGGAACGCAGGAGUUAUAACACAGUUCAAUCUAGAGGUCUUAUUGCAAAGACCGACAAAGUAUAUCAAAGAGCAGUAGUCGAACAAGCUCGCAAUCUCAGGGCAUUUCUAGAGCCCUCGCAGCACCUACAUCCCUUGCAACACCCUCAGUCCUCACAACACUUGCUGCCCUUAGAUCCCAAUUGGGCCUCUGAGGGAUUUGUUGCGAUGCAAAUGGAAGAUAACAAGGCAAUCAUGUGCCAUGUCAUCAACUGGCUCUGUCAUGAUGAGGUUAUUUUUCAACACCUCGAAAAUCUGGAUGAUCCUACCAAGCUCCGCAGCGUGAAGGGUAUUCUGCAGAGGUUCAAAGAAAAGAGGUAUUUGAAUGAUCAAGGCUGGACAAAUGAGAUAGAUUGUCCUGACUUGAAAGCACCUCACUUUAAUCGCCAACACAGGGGUGGAUCCAGCAUGAAAGAUCAUAUGACUAGAUUUAUGAAUUGUUUGGUGAAGGAGGCACUUUUACUAGCAGGCAAUUCAAAGAUUAAGCGAAUUUGGAGUUCGGACUAUUGUCAGAAGCCUCUUCCUGGAUCUGCUGAAGAAUGCAAACCUGAUAUCAUCCUUGUUCCCAGUGACCCUCUUGUUCAGGACUGGUGUCGCAUCUUCACGCUCACUGAAAUAAAGCAGCAUGGGGCUGAUGUUGAUAAACAGGAGUGGUUUGAUGAGAUCGCGAAGCGAGUGAACACGAUCUGGGGUUGUCAGGAUGCUCGCAACUUUGUCGUUGUCUUGAUGUUCCUGGGCGAAGCAUUUAUGUUUGCAUUUUUCGAUCGUGGAGGCGCUGUUUGCCUUGAUAUGCUAAACAUCAUAGAGGAUAAGGAAGAAUACCUUCAGCUUGUCUUAUACUUAUCCCUGGCUGAUCCUGGUAUGGUGGGUCUGGAGACAUCCAUUGGGCAGAAUGAAGUCUGGCGAUUCAUAAGAUCAAGAGUUUUUGGUCUGGAGGUGCCAAUCAAUAUGGUGCUGUUUAUCAGCAAUAAUAUUCAUGGUUGUGGCACUGUUGCACGUCACGUCAUGCUAUCACAUGAGUGCAUUGCUCAGGCAUUGCAAUUGGGCGGGUCUUGGGAUGCCAUGGAGAAAUGGCUCAAGGGAAUGGAGAAUGAGGUGGAUGUGGUGGUGAAAGAUACCUGGGUUGAUCUCACCGCACCACACACGGAAGGGAUAAUUCUCAACUACCUUUGGCUGAAAGGCGUACAGGGCGUUACGUGUUUGCUCUUUGAGGGACUGGUCCUGCUUCGCCACCUCCACUUGUUCAACUUUGCAAUCAUCCAGGCAUCAGUUCACUCAAGGAUAUUGCUCAUGGCCAGGCAUUUUCACCCUACCUCAUCUCAGAUGGUGGCAAUGAAACCGACGAGCUAUUUCCUAUCUCCUUUAUGCAAGCUGACACAUCCAUGUGGAACAUGGGACUUGUUCAUCCAGCAAUGUCAGACUGGGAUCCUCACCCUUGCAUUCAUGUUUGAUGCACCAUAUAUGUUGAAGAAAGUUCCACACCCAGAUACAGCAAGCGGAGGGGAGAUGUGGGUCCAUUGUUGGCUUGAGAACAUGAUUGAGAAGGAGAUCUGGCAUGAGGCUGUAGAGAAACAACACUAUCUGGCUACUGACAUAGGGUUUUCUAUGGUGGACAGAGUGUUGGGGAACGACUGGACAAAUGAGCCUAUCAGGAUGAUGUUGAGGGAGAUGAGGACGGUCCUCUUCGUUGAAAGUGCACCAAGCCACUCCCGCAUGCUCAACAUUAUCAAUGCUGCGCUUUUCAAGAUCCAUACUGAUCAUACACUAGCCCAUCUCUGCCAGCCUCAACAGAUGACCAAUGAGUGGGCCAGGGCAGUGGGUGGCAGUGGAUUUGCCAAAAGCUCACCAAUGCUCCCUGCCUUGCAGAUAAACUUGUUGUACCACAAGGAUCAUCAAGAUGCAGAUCACAAUCUCUUUGCUCGCAUGCCCUGUCCCCCCGUGCAAGAAUGCAAGCUCACGCCUGGUAACUCGUCACAGUACCUCAAAGGCACUGAUGGAAAGACCACUGAUCGCAUUAAUGUUAUGGCUGCAAAGGUGGUACUCAAGGAACUUCAGAAAGAAUGGGUAUCUUAA